AUGGAGCAUUUGAUGAUACCGUCAAGGGGAAGCCGAAGCCGAGGGUCUCAGGUCAAGGGUUAUACUAAGGGCGAAUCAAACGCGACGGAUCGCAAACAGUUCAAGCUAAUUAAUAUCGGUCUUGUUGUUUCUGUUACCUCGCUGGUCGGACCAAGAAAUGGCCCAGCUGGUAGGCCGCAGCUGGAGAUUGCAGAAGAUGUAACCGACAAGUCAACCUGGCGACUUCAGCGACUUUUCUCCGUACAUAUGCCAUGUCUUGCCCUCUUUAUUAGUCUCGAGCCACCAGCCAACUCAUGCCGGGCAAGGGAAAAAAAGUCACUUCUAAAGGCUUGCGCCGGUCCACGAAUGAAGAGACAGGGUUGGACAGUUGAAAUAGUGUGCUGCGUGGGGAAAGGUCUUCGAGGCGCCAGGAAACGUUCCUGGUUGGGUGUAGGGCUUAAAGGUGCAGGGGCAAGGGUACACGGCCAGCGUGGAUAA